ACGGCGGAUUCUACACGUGAGAGUUUGAAAGACGCAUGACAUUUCGCAUUUUAAAUUAACAAAUGAAACGCAGAAUGAGACCAACUGAUGUCUAGCCAGUUAAAGGAUGAGACCAACUGCUGUCUAUCAAGUUAAAGAUGCUGAGCGAUUCUGAGGCCACCGAGCUGCUCUCCUUUCUGACACCUGCGACAAGACCUGACAUCAAAGGUCACACCACCAGCUACAUCCUGGGCUUGUCAGGAAACAGAGAUGGCUGCCGCUUCCUCCGCACCAAACCUGACUUCAUAGCCGCUCUUUUUGCACUGACGUCCGACCCCUCCAUCGCCAUUGCAAAGGACUGCUACCACAUCCUGAUCAACCUUUCGGCCGAUGAGACUCUGCACCAGGUGUUGGUGACAGACGUUGGUAUGGUGCCCUCACUGCUCAAGAACCUCAAGGAUCCGCAGUACCCGUUUUCCGACCAGAUCUGCACCAUCCUUUCCAACCUGACGCGCCACGAGAAGACAUGCAAGACGCUUUUCAAGGUAUUCCAGGAGGAGGUUGGCCUGGCUCAGCUGGUGGACUUGUUGUGUACGGAGUCUUUCAACCCUCACACCAAGCUGCAUUACCUUGCUCCUCUGCUGUCCAAUCUCACGCAGCUGCCAGAAGCUAGACGCUUCCUGAUGGACAAAGACAGGUGUGUGGUCCAACGUUUGUUGCCCUUCACACAGUUUCAGGCGUCAGCAGUGCGGCGUGGAGGAGUCAUUGGCGUUCUGCGCAACUGCUGCUUUGACUAUGCAAAUCAUGAGUGGCUACUAAGCGAUCAAGUGGACAUCCUGCCCUUCCUGCUGCUUCCGUUGGCCGGUCCAGAAGAACUCAGUGAGGAGGACAAUGAAGGUCUGCCUGUGGAUCUUCAGUACCUGCCGGAGGACAAGAAGAGAGAAGAGGACCCCGAUAUCAGGAAAAUGCUCUUGGAAACACUGAUGCUGCUGACGGCAACGAAAGAUGGCCGGCGGACUAUGAAGGACAAGAACGUGUACGUCAUCAUGAGGGAGUUCCACCGAUGGGAGAAGGACCCCAGAGUCACCACCGCAUGUGAAAAACUGGUUGAGGUGCUGAUCGGGGACGAGCCGGAACAGGGCAUGGAGAACCUGCUGGAGGUCAACAUUCCGGAGGACGUGCAGGAGAAGCUGAAGGAGGCCGACGUCAGAGAGCAACGGGAGCUGGAGGCCGAAGAGGAGAGGACACGAAAACAAGAAGAGGAGGAGCAGAUUAACAUCAGUCAGGAAUAAUGUCACUUACAAUAUACAGUAUUUUCAUAAACAUUUUUUAAUUGUAGCAUAUAAACUGGAAACUACACACCUAACUCGACUUUAUUGAUGGGAGCUUCAGUCGGAGCGGAGCUAAAUGAACUGCUUGAUGUAAGGGGGUCGAAAAUUCCACUUAUAGAGGUCUCUGUAGAAAAGAGAGUUGUAGAAACACCAGGGCUCAUCCAGCGCGUUUAAGGGCCCUGAAAAUGGGUGAGUUGACGGUGGUUCUCAGUGUCUGGAGAUGGGUUCAAAAGUUGUGGUCAAAACACGUCCUUCAUGUGGAAAUGGGUGGGAUGGGAGCAGUGCCAUAUGUGUACAGUAGAGGACGCACUCCCUGCAUGGUUUAGGUUAGUACUGUAUUUGGGUUUCGGUCAGACGGUUGUGUAAUUUUCGUUGUUAAAUAAAAUGUGAUGUCAUCA